GAUAACUGUUGAUCGAUGAGGAAAAUAAUAACAAACGUCAUUUCGUCUGGAGUUGCUGAUUAACGAACGAAGGAAGUCUCAUUUUCUACGAUUUAUCAUAGUAUUUAACCAGGUAAACCUUACAAAGCGGGCACAAUGUUUUGAGGAAAGUCUUGUUCUGCUGUGGACAUCCUCGGGCCAUGCGUUUGGGCUUCCGCUUUUGUCGCAUACCGAGGACCGAGACUGAGCAGUUCAUGAUCGAUCAGCUGAGCUGGGCUCCGCAAAUCAGCUGUGCCCGUGUACAAUACCUUGCGAGGACCGUACUCGGACCCCUGCCGCAGCCCGCAGUUAGCCUGCACUGAAUCUGGGCGGGAGUGCUGAGCUGGCAAGAUGGCCUACCAGUCACCGAGCAAACGAGCUGCUGCGUCGUCUAGAGCGGCCGGUGUGUCGGUUAAAGCUCAGCCUGUCAGUGACAAGUCCUACAUGGCAACCGUGGUGGAUUUUCUCCAGGACGCCUACAGCGGCAACAAAGCGGAGGACAAAGACAAGAUACUCUGGGUGAAAUUUGAGAGGGCGUGUUCACCGCGAGGGCACCUGAGUAAUCCUCACUAUGUCAACCAAGAAGGUUUGGAGGAGCCAAUAUUCCUGGUCAUCGGCUACGCCAACGGGGUCCAGAUAUGGAGUAUUCCUCCUAGCGGUGAUGCCCAGGAGGUCUUGUCACUACGGCAGGGUCCUGUUAGAAUCCUGCGCAUCCUACCGACGCCAUACAUUAACAGCAUUCGGAAUCAUCAACAGGACAAACGACCGUUGGUGGCACUGUGUGAUGGAGCAAGUUCUAGCCAGCCGUUCUGCUCGGUGAGCCUUUUGUCCCUCAAGACAGGCGAGCAAGUCCACAACAUCGCCUUCAAGACACCGGUUUGCGAUGUCCUCUGCAACAGAAGACUGAUUGUGGUGGCGCUGCAGGAGAAAGUGGCAGCAUUCGAUGCGGUGUCCUUCAAGAGCCGCUUCUGCAUCACCAGCUGCUACCCGGCCAGCUCGCCCAAUCUCAACCCGCUAGCCCUGGGGACUAGGUGGCUUGCCUAUGCCGAUAGGAAGUUGGUACCCAGUCAUCAGAGCGGUGGCGGAGUGUGCAGGGAAUCCAGCCAGUCAUACAAAGCGACGGUCAUCCAUGCAGCCAAGGCAAUCACAAAAGGCAUAUCAGCAUUCAGUGAGUCCCUGGGCAAGUUGGCUACCUCCAAACUCUCUACCUCCCCACCCAGACAGGAGAGUCCCACUGACAAACCCAGUGCCGCACCCCUGAACGCUAAGCACGGCACCCCGGGGGUGGUGACUGUCAUCGACGCUGCCUCGGUGGAAGGAGAGUUCAACGUGACGGAGGAUACCAGCAGCGACGGCAUCGUGGCCCACUUCCCAGCCCACAUCAACGAGUCCAUCUCAGCCUUGACCUUUGACUCCAGCGGCAGCCUGCUCUUCACGGCCGGGUCCCAAGGUCACAGCUUCCACCUAUUCCGCCUCAUGAGCCACCCUUGCUCCUCCGGCCUAGGAGCCGUCCAUCACCUCUAUACGUUGUACAGGGGAGACACUGCAGCUAAGGUGCAAGAUGUGUCGUUCACCAACGACAGUCGCUGGGUAGCAGUUAGUACAAUGCGAGAGACCACGCACGUAUUCCCCAUCACGCCCUAUGGAGGCCUUGUGAGCUCAAGAACCCACACCCCUGCCAAGAUAGUUAACAAGGAAAGUCGGUUCCACAAGAGCGCUGGGCUAGACGAGUUGGUUGAUACGGGAAGGGGUAGCCCAGUUCAUGGGCUGUCAGAAAGCCCAACUUCCUCAGGUUUCCAUUCUCCAGAACCCAUCUCGUCCCUCUCCCACUCCGGCGCUCUCAACAACGUAGCCGUCAGCAACCCCCGCCUGCCCCCCUACCCCCCUCCCGUCACCGUCACCCCCUUGGUCCAGAUCAAGCAGCCGGCCAUCCUGGCCUCGGUAGGGGGCGCUGUGGCCGGCAUGACGGGUAACGCCACCCGGCCGCGCAGCGCGUCCUCCCAGACCGCUGCUGUGAGCGACUACGUCUGCAUCAGCACCUGCUUCGCUAGCUCCAGGGGACACUUCGUAGCCAGCUCCAAGGGGACCAGGGAGAAAAAUGACGGAGGCAAGCAGACAUCGGUAGACUCACUCUUCAUCAUGGGUUGCCAUGGCAACUUGGUGGAGCACCUCCUGGAGCCAAAGAUGCUACCAGGGAGCGCUAAGAAGAGCGAGGAUGGCGCUCUGGAGCUCAGCGUCACUGAGCACGCUCACUGGAGCCUUCAGAGAGGCAUGAAUUGGUGCGAGCACCGGCCCCCAUUGAGUGGUCUCAACCAUCUACUACUGACCAACGAUGCCAAACACACAGCAGCUAACACAGCAGGAUCGAUGCUCAAUUCAGUUCCGAGAAGUGAGUCAUCAGACAGUAUCCGCUCAGCCCACAGCAGUCCAGACAGUGACUUUGAUGAGCCCUGGCUAUCGCAGGUGGAGAUGGUGACCCACGCGGGCCCCCAUAGACGCCUAUGGAUGGGUCCCCAGUUUAAGUUCAAGACGGUACCUCAGCCCAGCAGCACUACUGUACUAUCCUCUACAUCGUCCGCGUUGCUGUCAGACGGACUGGAAACCAACCGAACGGCCAUGGAAAUGACGCAAGAUGACGUGGACCUUAAAUCGCUACGGAUUCAACCCUUGAGGUCAGACCCUGUCCCGACCCCACAGCUGAGGUCAUCCGAGAGGUCAGCUCAGCCCCUGGCAUCCAGCCAAGAAGCCUCCUCCUUGCCGACGAGUAUAGAGUACGGCUCAGAUGCGAAAAAGCGUAGCCAAGCGGGCAAAGCGAUGGGUCCUUCCGACAGUGAGGCAGCAGCAAAGCCACCGGACGCGGUGACAGACCCCGAGACAGACAGGCAGGCGCAAAGUAAGGGCAGGCGCAAGAAAAAGAAGAGGGGGAAAAACUCGGCCAAGGACAUGAGGCAAACGGCGGAGGGGGACGUCGCCGAAGAGUUAGCAGCAGGACCUGAGUGUUUCCCACGAGAGAUUGAAGACAAAAUAGAGAUUUUAAAUCCCAAAGCAAAACAGGAUUUGAACAGGGUUGAGCACAAAGGAGCCUUUGACCAGGCGGUCAAUCUUCUAGAGGUCAGCUGCGGCAGCUGGCCAGAGAACAGCUACCAGCGAGGCUCGGAGAUUGUGGAGGAGAGACUGCGGCAGACCAUCGCCGACGCCAUGGCUGAAUCGCCCAUGAUGAGCAGAACGCCGCCUACAAGACACAAAGAGAGGGAGGUACUACUAGACAACCCGGACCUACUCAGUUCCAGUGCAGGAUCGGCAGACAGCGCUGUGCAUUCCUACGAGGCGCGUGGUUCCCCGGCACACAGCAUGGAUCACAUACUGGUCUUCCCCCCAGCCAGCGGGUCGCCAGACUCAAACUGAACUCCCUGCCCCCCAAAAAGCAUGUACAUUUCCCUAACCUUCAUUCUUCUGAAUUUUUUUCAUAAU